CGUAAGGGUUUGGUCAUUUCGUGGACUCGGCAAUUUGUGAGAGAGAAUCAAAGAGAAAAUGGCAAUGGCGUCGAUCCGAUCCAAUUUUCUUCGCGCCGCCCUACGCGGUGCCUCUCGAAACUCCGUUCAGCCUAAACGCGGCUUUGCUUCCUCUGCUCACGACGACGCUCGUGAAACGGCAAAGUGGGAGAAGAUUACUUAUGCUGGCAUUGUAACCUGCUCUAUUUUAGCAUUCUAUAAUUUAUCAAAGGGGCACCCCCACCAUGAAGAGCCCCCUGCAUAUCCAUAUUUGCACAUUCGCAAUAAAGAGUUCCCUUGGGGUCCUGAUGGUCUCUUUGAGGUGAAGCACCACUAAGGAUUACUUUUGGGUUCAAAAGCGCAUCAGAGUUCUCAUUCUGUUCCAUAUCAGAAAAGACUUCAUGGACUGGUUGGUUUAGAUUUUUUCUCUGCAAAGGAAAAGCCAUGGCAUGGCCAUUUUGCAUUUGUUAAAAUGCUAUCAGAAUAUUAUGUGAAUCAUGGUUUGAAGUUCUUUUUUUUGUCACAGCCUUCCUUCCUGAUUAAUAAGAUAAAAUUUCUUCCCAUUGUGCUAAAA